AUGGCAAUGGCAGUUCACCCAUUUUCAGUCCCUAUGUGCAUUAGUACUAUUAGUACUACUGCAAGAGCAAGAUCAAGUGCUUGCUACCCCACCCAAUGUACUGUGGUCAAUACCCAUAGUUCUAUCACCACCACUACUACUACUAUUGAUCGAAGAUCAGCCAAUUAUGAGCCUCCCAUUUGGUCUUUUGAUUAUAUUCAAUCUCUUUCAAGCCAAUAUAAGGGAGAACCCUAUACAAGUCGAUUGAAUGAGCUGAAGGAAAAGGUGAAAAGGAUGCUUGUUGAGAUGGAAAACUCUUUAGCUCAAUUUGAGUUGAUUGAUACAUUGCAAAGACUUGGAUUAUCUUACCAUUUUCAAAAUGAAAUAAACACUAUUUUGAAGGAAAAGUACACCAACAUUAAUAAUAUUAUCAACAAUCCUAAUUUUAAUUUGUACACCACUGCUCUUGAGUUUAGGCUUCUACGACAAUAUGGAUAUGAAGUACCUCAAGAAAUUUUUAAUGUGUUUAAGGAUGAUGAGACAAUGAAGUUCAAGGCAAGAGUAAUAAGUAAUGAUGAUAUUAUUGGAGUGUUGGCUUUAUAUGAAGCUUCAUUCUAUGGUGGAAAAGGUGAAAGUAUUUUGGAGGAAGCUAGGGUUUUCUCAACCGAAUGUCUUAAAAAUUACAUAAUGGUGAUGAUGGAGCAAAAUAAUUUAUUAUUAGAUGAUAAUAUGAUAUUAUUAGUGAAUCAUGCCUUGGAGCUUCCCCUUUAUUGGAGGAUAACAAGGUCAGAAGCUAGGUGGUUCAUUGAUGUGUAUGAGAGAAGACAAGACAUGAAUUCUACUUUGCUUGAGUUUGCCAAAUUGGAUUACAACAUGGUGCAGUCAAUAUAUCAAGAAGAUCUAAAACAUCUCUCCGGAGAUAGAUUGAUGGAGAGUUUCGUAUGGACUGUGGGAGUAAAAUCUGAGCCAGAACUCAGCUACUAUAGAAGAAUAUCUGGAAGAUUAUAUGUUUUGAUAACAACAAUUGAUGAUAUAUAUGAUGUUUAUGGAACAUUGGAGGAGCUAGAGCUUUUCACUAAUGCUGUUGAGAGAUGGAAUGUGAAAGCUAUAAAUGAUUUACCGGAUUACAUGAGGAUGCCUUUCUUUCUCUUGUACAAUACUAUCAAUGAAAUGGCCUUUGAUGUGUUACGAAACCAAAAUUUCUUCAACAUUCAAUACUUUAAGAAAACGUGGGUAGAUUUUUGUAAACAUCAAUUACAAGAGGCAAAAUGGUUUCACAGUGGAUACAAGCCAACAUUCCAAGAGUAUAUUGACAAUGCAUGGAUUUCAGUAUCAGGACCCAUUAUCCUUGUUCAUGCUUAUUUCUCUUCUACAAAUAAUAAUCCCAUUACAAAGAAUGCCUUGAAAUUCUUGGAAGAGGGUUAUCCCAACAUAAUUUACCAAGCAUCCAUAAUUUUACGACUUGCAGAUGAUCUAGGAACAUCCCCGGAUGAAAUGAAAAGAGGUGAUAUUCCAAAAUCAAUUCAAUGUUACAUGCACGAUAGUGGUGCUUCUGAAGACGAAGCUCGAGAACACAUCAAGUUUUUAAUGAGUGAAGCAUGGAAGGAGAUGAAUGAUAUUGAGGAUGAUGAUGAUGAUGAAGAUAAUUCUUGUUUCUCAAAAGAAUUUGUUGAAGCUUGUAAGAAUCUUGGUAGAAUAUCACAAUUCAUAUAUCAAUAUGGAGAUGGACAUGCUUCUCAGGACAGUUUAUCAAAACAACGUAUUUCAGAAUUGAUAAUUAAUCAUAUUCCCUAGUAAUUUUACAGUAGAUAAUAAUAAUAAAAAUAAUGAAUUUGUUGUAAUUAAAAUACAUGAUAACACUUUGUUGUGUUACUUUGCAUGUUAUUAGUGAUGAAAAAUAACAAUAUGAUGACCAA